AUGUCAUUGGCGAUGUGGUCUUACCGGUUGAGAAAAACGCCGUUAGUGGCACUUUUAGUGCCUUUGGUGCUUGUGGGGGUAUUGCUGUGGGUUUUUCUUGGCAACGAAGAAUCGCUGCUUGGACUUGAUGGAUCUUCGAUCUCGACGCACAAGUGGGCGCAUGAAAGCGAGAAAACGUUCUAUUUCCCUUACUCACACAUGUUCAAAACGCCAAAGUAUUCUUAUAAGAAGAAGUCUAACUGGCUGUUUAGCGAUACCGUGGAGGACAACAUUCCAGCUGGUCACAUUUCGCACUAUGAUCUAAACAAGUUGACAUCGACCGACAAGGCCUUUGCCAACAAGGAACAAGUGCUUAUUCUCACUCCAAUGCAAACCUUCCAUGACCAAUACUGGGACAACCUUUUACAGUUGACCUAUCCUCGCGAUUUGAUCGAACUAGGCUUUAUCAUUCCAAGGACAGCUACUGGAGACACAGCUCUUCGCAAGCUUGAAGCAGCGGUCAAAAGGACACAGUUGGGCAAGAAGGAUCAGCGCUUCUCUAAGAUUACAAUUUUGAGACAGGACUCUCAAAGUUUCGACUCCCUCCAGGAGAAAGAGAGACAUGCACUAAAGGUCCAAAAAGAAAGAAGAGCUGCUAUGGCGUUGGCUCGUAAUGAACUUUUGUUUUCCACCAUUGGGCCUCAUACAUCCUGGAUACUUUGGUUGGAUGCUGAUAUCAUUGAAACACCUCCUAGUCUGAUUCAGGACAUGACAGCGCACAACAAACCGGUGUUGGCUGCAAAUGUCUACCAGAAAUACAUGAAUGAAGAGACCAAGAAAAUAGCAGAGAGACCUUACGACUUUAACAAUUGGGCUGAUAGUGAAAAGGCCCUGCAGAUGGCGGCCGGAAUGGCCGACGACGAAGUCCUAUUCGAAGGCUACGCAGAGCUGCCCACCUACAGGACGCUCAUGGCACACAUGUAUGACGCAAGUGGAUCGCAAGCUGCAGAAAUGUCACUCGAUGGUGUUGGCGGUGGCUGUACGCUUGUUAAAGCAGAGGUUCACCGUGAUGGUGCAAUGUUCCCUAGCUUUCCCUUCUACCAUCUCAUAGAGACAGAAGGUUUUGCGAAAAUGGCAAGGAGGCUAGAAUACGAAAUCUUCGGCCUACCAAACUACUUAGUUUAUCACAUCGAGGAGUUUAACUAG